AUGGAUCCCAAUGCGCUCUACAUUGCGCUCUUCAUUCGUGAUGAUCCUCCUAAACCCAACGAUUACCACUGGGCGCUCUACCACCACCGCAUCAACAGCGGCAUCAAGUACCAUAUCACCAAUGAAGGCAACGGCUGCAUUCCCGGACAUGGCCCUGAAUCGGGCACCGGCAUCCUGAAAGCCUUCCUCCUUGUGGGUCUGAUUCAGAUCGCGACCAUACCGUCCACUACUUCAGCGCAGGAGACUUUAGACCGAGUCUGUCGAAGCUACGACGGACAUCUGAACGACAACGAGAACAGGACAUGCCGGACGUGGCUACUGGAUGUGUUAAGGGAUCUACAGGAGCAGAUGGGUGUGCUAAACGGAGUUGACAUCAAAUCACUAGAGAAAGAAGCGAUGGACUGGGGCAAUCACUACGCAUAUGAGGCCUGCCAAAACGUCCAACCAAGACCAAUCGUCGAUCCCCAAUCCGCCACCCUCACCAACAUAGAGGUCCUGGCCUAUCUAACGGCCAACCCACCACGGCGACCACCGAACCCACCGCCGAACUCCAGAAACUGGGUUCCCAGUCCGGAUCUACGAGACCACAAUACCGUUGUUAAGGAGAUCCACAACUACGUCACCCGACUCUCCCCCCAUCUCCUCAACUACCCCAAAUACACGAACCUCACCCCCGCCCAAAUACAAGCUCAGGCACAGUCGACCACAACAACAGCCAUCCCACCAUCCCAGAUCAACGCCCCCACGCCGCUCGACCAUGCGCUCCGGGAGCUCGUCACCAGGUUACAACCCUACGGGCUGACCAAGGGUGAGGUGCUGAUGAUCGUGAACCUGGGGGUGGGGUUACAUGCACCGGCGACGGAAGGCGAGGAUGGUGAAGAGGCGGGUGAGGGAGGGGAAGAAGAAGAAUAUGAUGAGAAUGCGGAACAGCAAGUUAAUGGUGGAGAGGAUACGAAUGGGAUGAUGGAGGUGGAUGGGGCCGAGGAAGGACAGGCAGGUGAGGGGGAAAUACCAGAAGAGGAUUACGGGGCGUUGGCGCUGUUGGAUACGGUGAUUGAGGAGCGCGAGGAGAGAUUGAGUAAUGAGGAUGUGAACAAUGUUUUGGCGAUUAUUCGGGAGACGUUGGGGUCGGGGAUGAAGGGAUCGGAGGGGGAGGGGAUGGAUGAGGAGGGAUAG